AGGAAGGAAGGAAGGAGGGAAGAUGAUAGAAUAUGGUUUGUCGUUUUCCAUCAACAAUAACUACCCCAAUUCAAUUCUCCUAUUUACUCCCUCCCUCUCUGCAACCACAUAUAAUCACUCUAUUCAUUCAUAUCCCCCAUUUUCACCAAAUUCCUGAACAACCUGCAACUCACACAUGGAGACUGAAACUACUUCACCUCCGAUUCGUCACGUGAUUUUGAUCUCCGCUGGUGCAAGUCACUCUGUUGCUCUUCUCUCUGGAAAUAUUGUUUGUUCAUGGGGAAGGGGUGAGGAUGGACAGCUAGGGCAUGGUGAUGCUGAAGACAGGCUGUCACCUACUCAGUUAAGUGCUUUAGACGGGGAAGAUAUAGUAUCUCUUACUUGUGGAGCUGAUCAUACAACUGCGUUUUCGGAGUCACAACUCAAAGUAUUCAGCUGGGGAUGGGGUGAUUUUGGGAGGCUAGGACAUGGCAACUCUACUGAUUUCUUUAUUCCUCAGCCAAUAAAAGCGUUACAGGGGAUACGGAUACGACAAAUUGCAUGUGGGGACAGCCAUUGUUUGGCCGUCACCAUGGAAGGCGAGGUGCAAAGUUGGGGCCGGAACCAAAAUGGCCAACUUGGUUUAGGCACAACUGAGGACUCUCUCGUUCCACAAAAGAUUGAAGCUUUCCAGGGUAUAAAUGUGAAAAUGGUUGCUGCUGGUGCUGAACAUACAGUGGCUAUAACUGAAGAUGGUGAGCUUUAUGGUUGGGGUUGGGGGCGAUACGGGAACUUGGGCUUAGGUGACAGAAAUGAUCGCAACAUUCCAGAGAAAGCUUCAGUUAUCAGUGAUGAGAAGAUGGUACUUGUUGCCUGUGGUUGGAGGCAUACAAUCUCUGUUUCUUCAUCCGGUGAUCUUUAUACAUUUGGGUGGAGUAAAUACGGUCAACUAGGACACGGGGAUUUUAAGGACCACCUUGUUCCCCAUAAACUCCAAGCAUUGCAUGGCCAAUUUAUAUCACAGAUCUCCGGUGGCUGGAGGCACACCAUGGCAUUAACAUCAGAGGGAAAGCUUUAUGGAUGGGGAUGGAAUAAGUUUGGGCAAGUGGGUGUCGGGGACAAUAAAGAUCAUUGUAUUCCUAUGGAAGUCAAAUUUCCAGAUGAGCAGAAAGUAGUCCAGAUUUCAUGUGGAUGGAGGCACACACUUGCUGUCACUGCAAGACAUAAUCUAUAUUCCUGGGGCAGAGGUACAAAUGGACAGCUUGGCCACAAAGAGGCUAUCGACAGAAACAUUCCCAAGCUAAUUGAAGCUUUGAGCAGAGAUGGAUCUGGUGGACAACAUAUAGAAUCAUCAAGCACUGACCCAUCUGCAGGGAAACUUUCGGCAUUCCCGUCUGAUAGAUAUGCAGUUGUACCUGAUGAAAUGGUUCAGGGCGGGAACAAUGGAAAUGACGCUAGUGUCCCUGAGAACGAUGUGAAGCGAAUGAGGCUCUGAAUUUUGCAGCUCCAAACUAACCACAGAUGCAGAUUUAAAGGACCGUCGUGUUGUCAGGAAAUAAAAGUAUAUCUGCUAUUAUCGUCUUUAGGAAGUUUGAAUAUUAAUGCCAUUUUAGUUUAGUUUUUGUGCAAUUUAUCCGCUAUGUUAAACAAGUGCAUGUUAUUGUUGUAUUAUAUGAUGUUGUAAUCCUGUUGUAUGACCAUGUUGAUGUAUGGAGUAUUUGUUUCUAUA